AACAAGUCGGACCCAGCCAUGCCUCCUGCUCAGGAGUGCUCCAUUUCGGGGGUGUCAUCUAUAUUAAUUGUUAUGCAAUGAGCGCUGUCAUUAAAAUGUUCACUUCGAUAUUUUGCUCUCAAACAUCCCACGCACGGGCCCCCAAAUGUACUUUUUGCGCUGGAAGGAGCUCGCAGCUGUAUUUUGGCUCAAUUUGUUCCCCCAACCAUUGUGCCGUUUAUGCGGCUGUGGUCUUCAAGAAUCGAGAGACCGUGUCAGCGGCAUGCCACUCAGGUGAGAUACCACAUAAAUUUAGGAUCUUGUCUUGUGCACGAAUCACACGCUUGAGUAGUUUUUCAAUCUCGCCGGUUGAGUUCACGAUGAUAGAGAUAUCACCCUUUGUACUGCAAUCAUCUGGGAUGCUCUUGACGUACUCGGCCAACUUGUCCUUGGCGAACUCGCAGGGGUCGGCACCGAUCAAUGUGAGCAUGUCGUCCUUGGCGACUUUGAUGGCGAGUAAGCAUACCGGAAGAUUGGAUCUGUUGGACAUUAAUUUUUCAUUUCAAUACAUAUUUCUAUUUUUAAAAGCAGAAUAGAACUUACAGUGUCCAUGCAAUGCUUUCGCCACAGCUCUCAAGAUCUCUUUUGAUAUCGCCUCUGCUUCCUUGUCACGUUUCUUUACACCAUGCGCCCUCCGCCGUUGUAAGAUUUCGUCUCUAUGUCUGUAGGUGUCAGGAACAGCAUCGGGAACAAUUAAUAAAAUUAUGACAUACUUGGCAUAGUAGC